AUGCUCACUCUUUUGCAACAGUUUCAAUUGGUUUUAGUUUUGUUUUGCUUGGUACUUAUGAUACGAUGGUCGAUAGCUGAUUUUCUUUUGGGAUUUCUUUUCAGCAUCUUCAUAUUUGGUUACCUCGUACUCUUCAAAUCUUUACCUGACCCACCAGAGGUUCAGCCAAAAUUUGUUGGCCUUGUGCCUGAAAAGCCAAAUGCUGUGAAGGUAGAGAGAGAAUUAAGAUCAGCUGAAGAAUUCAUAAGUGAAGGGAAUGCGCAAAUUGGUAAAGAAUUGGAGAGUAUUGUUGACUUGAUCAUUAAGGACUUCGUAGAGUCCUGGUUCACGAAAAUCGACCGAAGCGCUGAUGCUGAAUUUCUGAAAGUCAUGAAGUGGAAAUUUCUACAGACGCUCCUAGUAGUAAAGGGGAAAUUAAUGAAGAACGAUAGUGCCAGUUUAAUUGUUUUGAAACUGUUACCUAUAUUCAAUAAACACUUCAGUACUUUCUGUGACGCAAGAGAAGCUGUAUUGAGCGAUUUGACUCUUGAAAGACAAAAAGCAGCUAAUAUUGAUCUACAAAUUGCUGUAGAAUUUAAUAAAAACUACAAGUUACAUAAAUCAUUAUCAUUGAAACCCAAUGCUCUUGAGAACGAAAUUGAAGAGUCCAUAAGGAAAUCUGUGAUUGGACUUCUCCCAUAUAUUUUCGAUAACGAUGAGUUGGAUUCACUGUUUGUUUUCACGUUAAUGACAGAAGUGCUCACUACAUGCAUUAUUUCCCCACUAAUCAUCAAACUUAGCGAUCCAGAUAAUUGGAACUUGAAAAUUGUUAGCAUUUCACAGAACUACUUUGAAGAGAAAAAUAAAGUUCAUAAAAUAAGAAGAAUGCUAAGCAAAGAAUUACAAGACCAUAGGAAUGCGAUCAAUGACGUCACAAAUAAAGACGUACGAGAUUCCUCCAACGAAAAGUUGGAACUCAGUGUUAAUUAUACGGGGAAACAGUUCGAGCAUUACCUCAACCGGCUUGACUCUAUGACAGAUAUAAGUGACAUCAAGUAUGUUGCAUUCUCAUUAGCUCUCAAGAUAUACCAAUUGAAAGAUAUUGAGCAUUUAAGCAAAGAAGACUUGAAAUACAAGAAACGUUUAUUACUCUCCUUGAAUUUAAUUGAAUCGAAAUCAUCAUAUUCCGAUUCGGGAACCAAAACCGAAAACGAAAGAACUGUAAGGGACAGCAAUUACUCAGACUUGAAUAUGGAUAGUAGAAUAGUUCUAAAGGAGAUGAAUUUAUUUUUUAGCGCGAUCACGUUAAGAGAAAUUAUAGAUGACAGCAAGUGCCUCCCAUUUUUCAAGUCGUUUUUAGAAAGUGUUUCUAAAUCCCAGGGUAGCACGUUUUUAGAGUAUUCGCAAACAAUUGAAUCAUUCAAAAAUCCCUUAGAGGAUGCCACAUCUGAGGACAUAAUUUCUGGAUAUUCUGGAAUUAACAAUAUUCAGCUACAAGAAAUUUCUUCGAAAUUUUUUCAAAACGAUAACUUACAAAAUAUGAAAUUGCUGGAUGAGGGAUUGGUAAGAAACGUGAUCCUUUUCACAGGUUCUUUGCAUAUGAAUAACGACGAAGAGACAUUUAUUCUAGCUCGAAAAAGUGUUCUUUUGCUACAAACAGAAGCUAUAAAAUAUCUAGACGAUAAGCUUUUACCAUUAUUUAAGAGUUCGCCUUUCUUCCUCAAAAUGUUAUCAACACCAGACAUUAUUUCGACUGACAUAUACGUUCAUUUUCUGACCAUGAGUAGCAGUGAUAACAACGCAAAACAAAACAAAGCUAUAAGGGAGACUACAAAGAUAGAUUUUAUGAACCCUGUUAGAAUUUUUGCAAACCCUGGCAUUACAGACGCUUUAGACAAUAUAGUAAAUGGAUCUGAUUUAAAGCUAGAUAAAGCAAAAAAAAGCGCAAACCCACAAUAUUCACAAUUGUUUGGAUCAGAUAACAAUAAUAUCUUUAAAGAUAAACUCUUUGACGAUGACAAUGAUAACACCUCUGAAUUUUACCUCGCCGAGGAUCAGUUGGAUUUACCGCAUAGUGUAGGAAAAUCUAGCACCUCCAGUAAAAAUUGGGAUUCGAUCCAUAGUCAACACUAUGGCUCAAAUAAUUUUAGGGAUAAUAUAGCAAGUUUAACUAUCUCAAUUGACCAAAUUGAGAAAGAACUAGAAUUGUUAAGGCAUCUGAUUCUGAAGGCAGAUUUAACCAAUAAUCAAACGCAGUUAAAAAUUUUGAAAAAAUCACAAAGGACCUUAUUAAAAGAACUAGAAAUGAAAGAGCUCCUGAAACAGCAAUAUAUGGUUCAAGAAAAUGCUAACAGUUUGUUCAGAAAGACUAAAAUUUACAUCAGGUCUUACUUUAGUGAGGGUUCUAGUAAAAGUCUAACCGAAAUAACGUACUAUAUCAUAAACAUUCAUCAUUUUAAUAACGGGCAAGUAAGUUCAUGGGAUAUGGCAAGAAGAUUUAAUGAAUUUUUCGAUUUGAACGCAUACUUGAAAAAAAAUUAUAAGCCUUUGAUGAAACAACUGCAAGAUCUGUUUCCAUCAAAAGUAAAAAUGUCGUUGAAAUAUCACGUCACAAAGACAUUACUUCAUGAAGAAAGAAAGCAAAAGCUGGAAAAAUAUUUGAGAGAGUUGCUGUCUAUUUCUGAAAUAUGCCGAGAUGAUAUUUUUAGAAGAUUUUUAACUGAUCCCGCUUCAUUCAGACUAGACAAAGACUAUAUGCAUGAUGAUGUAUUGGAAGAACGGCCUCAUGAGUUGAAUAGCAGUAGUAAUAGUACGAGUAACAGCAGCUCUGUUGUAGAUCUACAAACCAGCAAAGACGACGAAGAAUUGAAUUUUUAUGAAGAUGAAAGACACUUUUUUACUGAUUCUGGGUAUCCUUUCUAUUCGCAAAACAAAUCUUUUGUUAAGCAAAUAUGCGAUCUAUUUAUUUCAUUAUUCCAACUGAAUAAAGCGAAUUCUGGCUGGUUAAGAGGCAGAGCUAUAAUCACUGUUUUACAGCAACUUCUUGGCAGUACCAUCGAAAAAUACAUAAAGGUCAGUAUUCAGAAAUUGAGGUCAGAGGACCAAACGCUUGAAGCCAUAAUCGGAUUUAAGAAUAUGCUAUGGGGUGAUAAUGGCUUGUUAGAAAGGAAAAGAAAUGAAACAACAGAGCCAGUAAGAACGAAAGGUGAAAAGUUAAGGACAGAAAAGGAUGCUUUAACGAGCCUUCAAAGGCUUUUCGCCGAGAUUUGUGGGCGUGUAGUCGGUCUAAGAGACUCCCAUGAAGCUGCUGGUCGAGUUCAUGCCAUGCUCCAAAAUCCUUACUUAAAUGCCAGUUUAUUAUUGGAGGCGCUUGAUGCAGUUUUAUUAGAUAUCAUAUGUACUGAUGAACAUGAAAACUAA